ACCACCCUCCUCAUCAUGUACCCCGUCUCGUACUACGUGAUGGACGUGAACGUGUGCGCGCCCGCGAUGCUCGUGGCGGUGGCCCUCGCCAUGUCCAUCGACUAUUCCCUCUUCCUCCUCACGCGCUUCAACGAGGAGCGACGGCGGCCGCUCUCUCCUCUCGCCCGGAACCUUCUCGGCACCUCGCUCGAGAUCGCCCUCGCCACUCAGGGCCACACCAUCGUCGUCUCUGGCGCCACCCUCGCCCUCUGCUUCACCUCCAUGCUCGUGCUGCCAACCUCCACAAUCACUUCCAUGGCGGCCGGCGCCGCGACGGCGGUGCUGCAGUCUGUGCUCGUCUCGCUCUCGCUCACGCCCGCGCUGCUGCUCACCAUGCCCCGCUUCUUCACCGCCGACCGCAUGCUCGGCCUCACCCUCGACGGCGCGCCCCUCGGCACGCACACCCUUCGGCACGUACCGCCGUGCGUCGAGCGGCACGGUGGCGCAAACCCGCAGCCCAAGAAGGAGUCGAUCUGGGCGCACCUCGGCCGCUGCUCGCAGCGCGGCGCGCCGGUGAUGUUCCUCUUCCUCGCGCUGGUGAUGGUUCCGUUCGCGAUGGCGCUCACGCGCUUCUCGUACGUCGAGGACCUGACGCCGCUCAUGCAGACGACCCACCCGGCGACCAAGGCCUUCAUCUCCAUCUCCAACAUCUACGGGCAGGAGCUGACCACCCCGUCGGACCGGAAGUACCUCGACCUGACCACGCCGGUGCAGCUGCUGAUCAUGGCGCCGUCGCAAAAGGCGAUGGCGAGCCGCGAGUGGUCGCUGGCGACCUGCCACAUGCUGCAGGACCUCGCCACAAAGGAGGGGCACGACUACACCAUGACGACGGCCGACUUCAACGGUCUGAUGAUCUUCCGCGGCGGCUGCCUCGCCGACGGGCUCAAGUUCGGCGUGAUCGACGUGAUGCCCGCGGUGCACAUGUACGGCAUGUACGACAUGGUGGCCGACCUGCUCUCGAACCGCAACCAGACGGCGACGCAGGUCUACGUGCACUGCCAGGUCGACCUCUUCUCCGAGGUUGGCGAGGCGUGGAUGCGAGCCGUCCGCGCGUCGCUGCCGCGCCCAGACGUGAUCCGGCAGCCGCUCGGCGGCCACCAGGACGCGGACUCUGCAAACUACGUGCCGUACGGCCGGUGGGACGACGUGGAGAUCGGCGCGCUGCACCUCUACGGCGUGCCGCGCGAGGGCAUGCCGCUCGAGCAGAUGGACGGCGCGCAGUACACGCUGCGCCGGAUGCCGUACGUCGGCCUCGCCAUCGCCGCGAUCGAGCAGCUGAGACGUCUCGCCAGAGUGGCGCGUGGUGACUGUGGGAGAUGGCCAUCACCAGGCGGCUCGUUCGGCACGGCGCUCAUCCCCGUCCGCGCCGUGAUUUGCAUCGCCUGGAUGCUCGUCGUCACCUUUGGCGCGUCGGUGAUGGUGUACCAGCUCGGCUACCUCGAGGGGCUCGGCGUCCCCGCCCCGUCCCCGCUCGCCUACCGGCUACGCAUCCAGGCCCUGUCGCCCUCUUCGGGGCAGGCGCUCUUCUGGAUCUCACCGUCGGUCGCCGUCGCCGUGCUGGUCGGGCUCGGCCUCGACUACGACAUCUUCUUGAUGGACUCGGUCAUGGAGCACUGGCAGAGCGGCAAGGACGGCAAGUCAGCGGUGGUCACUUCCCUCGACCAGGCGAGCCGAAACAAGGGAGGGGCGGGCACCAUCAUCUCGGCCGCCGGCGUCCUCAUGUCCUCGCGCGUCAUCAUGUUCCUCGCGUUCGGCGCGCUGCUCGCGUCGACGACGCCUGUGCUCAACCAGAUCGGCUUCAUGCUCUGCGUCGGCGUCCUCCUCGACUGCUUCGUCACCAUUCCGUGCCUCAUGGCCCUCGUCCCCGACGACGCCAACUUCUGGCCGCUCAAGCAGUCGGCCACGCGCGAGCUGGCGAUCGGGAGAGAACCGUCCUUUGGCCUCGAGGGCAUCGGCCAGCCGCCUGGCUUCCGCCGCUCGCUCUCUUGGAAGUGGAAGUACGGCGUCGCCCUCGAGCACCUUGGCCACACAAUCUAGAGCAGAUUGUCCCCACCCACCCCCUACCCCUCCCCUCUGGGCAUGUGUGGGAGGGGGGGGUGGGGGGGGUGCGGCGACUCUAGCAGACGCAUCGCAGGGAGUGUGUGCUGCAGCCUGCAGCGGCGGCACUGCGACUGACGGCGCUGUCUCUCCCCCUCCCGCAGCGGUCAGGGCACCCCGCUCGGAGCAACCAUCUAGCUGUCGCCUCGUACUUAUUGCGCCGGCCCUUUUGCUCUGGGGACCAAUCCGAUCUCGUCCAAUAUCGUGCCUGCUCCGCCCCCUCGGGGCGAGACGGUGGGGCAGUUUGUCGUCGAUCUCGCUCUUCCUCCUCUCAGUCCCUCCUCCCUCCUCUCCUGCUGUCCCCUGGCCCCUCUCGCCCCUCCCCUCCCUCUCUGUGAGAUGCUCUGUGCCAGGGCUCGCUUUUGCGCGCUGCGCUUGUCCGGCGGGUGCCUCUCUCGGCACCUCCGCGCGGGCGCGGCGCCGCCUGCUGUGGACCCAGGCUCUAAAGUCGCAUCUAUCUCGCUUGUGCCACACUUGACCACACGGUUUUGUUUUGUGUGUUGAUCGGUCAUCUGCAAAAU